GCUCUGCCGGGACAGAGAAAGGAGGAAGUAAAUAACAAAAACAGGAGAAAUUGGAAAAAAUGAGGCAGCAAGCAGGGGGAGGAUGUGUGAAUCCCUGAGCACGAUGCUUUGGGGGCCAGGGCUGUCCCUGAGGAUGCUUCCCGGAGCUCAGCUGUGUGCCGGGGCGUUAUCCCGAAGCCCCGGCCAGCCUAUUUUUCCAGGCGAGGAAAUAUUUAACCGCGGCGUCAGCGGGCAGGGCAGGCAGGCGGGUGCAGGAAUGGAGGGAGGCGGGCAGCACCCGGUCCCCGCUGUCCCCUCGGGCCAGCCCCAGGGGGAACAUCUCCAGCUCCUGCUGCGCCGCAGCCGGGAGGCCAAAAACCGCGCCUAUUGCCCCUACAGCCGCUUCCCGGUGGGAGCCGCGCUGCUCACCACCAGCGGGGAGAUCUUCUCGGGGUGCAACGUGGAGAACGCCUGCCACAGCCUGGGGGUGUGCGCCGAGCGCGCGGCCAUCCUCAAAGCCAUCUCCGAGGGGCACACCAGCUUCAAGGCCAUGGCCAUCACCAGUGACAUGGGGGACCAUUUCAUCACACCCUGUGGCGCCUGCAGACAAGUGAUGAGAGAGUUUGGCACAGAUUGGGAUGUCUACCUGACCAAAGCAGAUGGCACCUACAUUGUCAAGAAGCUGGAGGAGCUGCUGCCACUCUCCUUUGGUCCUGAGGAUUUGAAGAAGGUCUGAACAGCAUGGCCACCACCAGCCUUUGCCCUUAGGCACAGGGGACAAUGGUUUUCCCCAAUUUCCUCAGCCUUUAAGCAACUUUUUGGGUACAACACAGUGGGAAAUGUGUUUAUACUGUUAAGUUGCCUGUUCCUCUGACUCAUCUUCUGAUUCAGUGUUGAUUCGCAGACUCCAGCUCCACCUUGGCCCAAGGAAAUGGCAAAAUCAAAUAAUAGAAAUUCCCUUUUAUUAGUGAAAAAAGCAUCCAGACAUCCCUGUAGGCAAGGGAGGGAGGACAUGGGUUUGAUGCACAGCUCAAGCAGGCUUUGGUACAGAAACCACUCCUGAAUAAUGCAAAAUCAUUGCUUGGGAAAGUGCUAGUUCCCUCAGCUCUAAAGAGAAGCGAUAGCAAGAAGGAAAAGGCCCAUCAGCCCCAGAAGUAAUUAGUGAGCCAGUCCAGAUUAGGUGGAUUGUUGGAACAGGAGGGUUAUCGCCCUGGGCGUGUCCUUUGCUGCUUUCUCCCUGGCUUGUUUUCCUUGCUUUUAUUCUCUUCGGGGUGAAGAAGAGGACAAGGAGUUUUUGAGAAAUUCUGGAGGGUUUUGUGCUUCCAGGGUAAUGCCAUUUGUUGAUCGUACUAUUGAUUUAUAAUACAAUGAUAAAUGAAUUUGUUACAUUUCCCAACCAGCGCUGGGUUGAGCAUUUCUGUCUCGUCCAAGUGAAAU